AUGUCCGCCCACAUACACCUGCUUCUGGCUGCCCUCCCCAUUGGCCCGCUGCGUUUUGUCUUUCAGGCUCUUCCCCCAGUCCCUCCCAGAUGCCGUUGGACGUCCCUGCAGGUUAUAGCAGUAUCAUGGCUUCCUUAGCAACCGUGUCCCCCGUAUCCGAGACCAAGGAGGCUGGUGGGGAGCAGGUAGAGUAUGUCUAUUGGGAGAACCUAAUAAAGUGGCCAUACUGGCUACAGAUAUAUUUUACAUGGCAUCCUGCACAUAACAGGCUGUGUGUACUUAUAUUAUAUUUCUUUUUAUUGUGUUAACUGUGUAUACAUUGUACCAGUACAUCAUGGUGCCUUAUUCUAAGAUGGUAAACUGUGUGUAUUUAUACCUAUUAUGGCAUAUAAGUGUAAUAUAUUACAGAAUAGAUUAUACUUGAACUUUAGCCUUAUAAUGUCACAAAAAGUAUGUUUAGGUUAUUCACUAUAUUAUUAUUAUUAUGUUAUUUAUAUAGUGGCAACAAAUUCCGUGGCGCAUUACAGUGAGUGGAACGAACAAACAUGUAAUUGUAAUCAGACAAAUUUGACGCACAGAAACAGAGGGGUUGAGGGCCCUGCUCAAUUAGCUUACAUGCUAGAGGGAGUGGGGUAAAAUGACACAAAAAGGUAAGGAUAGUAUUAGACUAUUGACAGUUGCAAGAGAGGAAUCAGUCGGGAGCUAAGUUUAAUUGAUACGCUUUUAGGACUAUAUAGUGAAAUGCAGGUUUGAGUUCAAAAUAGUAGUUUGCUUUUUUUUGGCAAAUUGUUCACGGUGCCUAGAGAGAUAUCAGCUAUGCCUCACUGAUGAUGUCUAACAAGGCUGAAACGGUCGUCUGGGGUUGCUGUGUCUCUCGUGCAGAGGGAACUUGCUGGCAUUUCGGAUCUGGACUGCCCGUAUAGGUGGGACCAGUCUGAUAUGUUUCAGAGAUGUUCUCUCUGUAAUGGCACAAGAUGAGCUAAAAUCAGCUUGCGAUUUAAGCGGGGACCCACCGAAGGGCAGGCUAUUUCAAUUGCUGUCCGUUCUCAGAAUACUCUUGUGACCCGUUUUUUUGCUAUCCAAAUUGUUCCAAUAUACUUAUUUUGUAAUAAAAUUUGCAGUUCUCUGAUGAAUUUCUGACAUCGUGAAUAAUGUCCAACACCGCAAUUUACAUUUAAAAUCCCAAUCAUUUAUAAAGUGUUGGCUUUACCCUUUCAUUGUCAUACAAUAGAAAGAAAUCACACACAGAAUUCACUGUAUCCACUUUUGGGUACACUAAGGGUACCGCCAACCCCUCUUAACAUAGAUAAAAUUACAUCAGAAAUGGGCAGCAGCAGAGGAUAACAUUUUCAGUCUUUAUUCAGGCAUAUAUUCCAAUAUAAAAUAACACAGUUGUCUUAUACUGGGAUAUAUGCCUAAAUAAAGUUUGGAAAUGUUGCUGCCACGUGUCCUCUGUUACUGCCUGUUCUUGAUUUCAUUUUAUCUAAAAUAAUGAAAUGCUCCAACAUAUUAAAUAAUUGUGCUUAAAUUAAAUCUUCGGUUUGAAUGAGCGGAGUUGGAAGUAGAAACAUAAUAAUCCCAUUCUGUUUGUAUCAUACACAAAAUUACAGUUAGUAAAACAGCAUUUAUAAAUUUUACAUGAAACUGGACUUUUUCUUGACUUCUGCUGCCUUGCCUCGGCCCAGAUUGUAAGUGUGCAAGUCCUCAGUCCUGGUCUAGCCUAGCACAUUAUUUUGAGGUUCGACUUUUCUAGCGAAUAUAGGCCUUAACACAUCUAAUUUUACAUUGGCAUAUAUGGUAGAUUUAGUCAAGAGUCAGUACAUUUUAGGUAUUCAAAAUUGCUUCCGACUUCAGACCUGAGAGGGUAGAGUGUGUGGGUACAGCUACUUUUUAUUGAAAAACCCGAGUAUAAACAGAAAGAAAAAGAGUCCUUUUUGCGCUUUAUGUUGUACUGGGUUGUUUUUUUGUUUUUUCACUAUAACAUUUUAACCGAUGUGGCAUUGUUUUGUUACAGGAUGAAAGCUGGUUUAGUGAAAAUAGUGAAAGGGAAAUUCAUGUUAAUAACUGGAAGACUAAGGCUGAUCAAGCAAAGAAAGCAGAGUUUUUUCGUGAAGCUGAAAAAUUUAAAAAUCAGUAAGUGUUAAUUCGACUUUUCUCCCACUCACUGAGUAACACAAGGAUAAAGUCUAUUUCUAGUGAGUCAGGCAUUGAAACCCUUUCGUCAAUCUCAACCAUACUGCAUAUGUAAUUACUUUUAAUAUCUUUAUUUUAAAUAGUUUGUCAUGCUUUUCAACUGUAUCCUAUAAUGUAAAAUGAGACAUUGCAGGGGUUAUUUAUAUAAAGUGUUAUGUUUAUGCAGUUUUUCAGGAGCUUUGGUUAUUUGUACCUACUUAGUAGACUUGGGCAUUUGUAUAAGUAAUGAAUACAAAUUACAAUGAAUGAAACGAAGAAUGAAUUGCUUGUUGGAUGACAUUUAGUUAGUUCUUUUUAUAUUACAAGGAAGAAGCUAACGACUCCACCCUUGUAAAAUUUAAAAUAGAAGCGGGAGCGGGAUUUUAAAUGUAAAUUGCAGUGUUGGACAUUAUUCACUAUGUCAGAAAUUCAUCCGAGAACUGCAAAUUUUAUUACAAAAUAAGAACAUUGGAACAAUUUGGAUAACAAAAAAACGUGUCGCAAGAGUAUUCUGAGCAUCCAGUGGCAUACUAAGGGGAGGGUGGUCGGCCCCGGGUGCCACUCACUAGGGGGAUGCCUGGGCGCAUUUUCAUGCCGCUUGCAGGAGUCUCCACGUCCAGUAGCAGCAUGUCCUUUGUUCUCACAAUCCACGAGAUCGUUAUUGCUAUGACAAACCGCGGCAACGCUCUCACGGAUCGCGAGAACAGAGGACAUGCUACUGCUGGAUGUGGAGACUGCUGGGCCCCUCUUCGCUGGGCAACCGUACUGUGCCACUGGACCACCAGGGAAUGUAGUGUGUCUCCCCUCCCUGGACACAGGUAGGGGAACGACGACACACACACACACUCACCUACACCACACUAUACACACACACAUAUACACACACACUGCAUACAGUAUACAUAUACUAUAGAAACACACACUGCAUACAAUAAACACACACACACACACACACACACUUAUACCUGUGUGUCUGUGUAUCUGUAUGUGUGUCUGUGUUUCUAUCUGCGUGUGUCUGUGCCUAUGUGUCUCUGUAAGUGUGUGUGUUUGUGUCUGUGUGUCAGUGUUUGUGUGUAUCUCUGCAUGACUGUGUUUCUAUGUAUCUGCAUAUGUAUACCUAUGUGUCUGUGUAUCUGUAUGUGCCAGCGUUUGCAUCUGUGUGUCUGUGUAUCUGUAUGUGCCAGUGUGUGCAUCUGUGUGUCUGUGUAUCUGUAUGUGCCAGUGUGUGCAUCUGUGUGUCUGUGUAUCUGCAUGUGUGCCAGUGUGUGUAUAUGUGCAUACAUCUCAGCAUUUCGCCCACACUGCACACAAAUACACCCUUGCAUUCAAAUAUCAACACUACAUAAAAACACACCACAUACCGUAUAUACUCUAGUAUAAGCAGACCCAAAUAUAAGCCGAGGCCCCUAAUUUUACCCCAAAAAACUGGGAAAACUUAUUGACUCGAGUAUAAGACUAGGGUGGGAAAUGCAGCUACUGGUAAAUUUCUAAAUAAAAUUAGAUCCUAAAAAAAUUAUAUUAAUUGAAUAUUUAUUUACAGUGUGUGUAUAUAAUGAGUGCAGUGUGUGUGUAUGAGUGCAGUGUGUAUGAGUGCAGUGUGUAUGAAUGCAGUGUGUGUAUGAGUGCAGUGUGUGUAUGAGUGCAGUGUGUGUGUGUGUGUGAUGCAGUGUGUGUUUGUGUUGCAGAGGCUUGGUGGGGGGUGGGCAUUUUUAUUAUUAUUUGUUUUAAUUAUUUUAAUAAUUUUUUUGUUUUAUUAAUAUUUUAUUAUUUUUUAUUUUAUUAUUAUUUAUAUUUUUAUAUUAUUAAUUUAUUUAGUUUUUUCGUCCCCCCUCCCUGCUUGAUACAUGGCAGGGAGGGGGGCUCUCCUUCCCUGGUGGUCCAUUGGCAGUUCUGUGGGGGGAGGAGGGGAGCUGGCAGGAAGUUGUUACUUACCUCUCCUGCAGCUCCUGUCAGCUCUCUCCUCCUCCGCGCCGGUCCGUGCAGCUCUUCUCUCAGCUCACACUGUAAGUCUCGCGAGAGCCGCACUAUGACCCCGCGGCUCUCGCGAGACUUACACUGGGAGCUGACCGAGGUGCUGACCGGACCGGCGCGGAGGAGGAGGGAGCUGACAGGAGCUGCAGGAGAGGUAAGCGCUCGCUGCCAGCCCCCAGUCUGUAUUAUGGCAAUGUAAUUUGCCAUAAUACAGACACUGACUCGAGUAUAAGCCGAGUUGGGGUUUUUCAGCACAAAAAAUGUAUACUCGGCUUAUACUCGAGUAUAUACGGUAUUCAAAAAACACACUACACAAAAAUGCCUGCCUGCAUUCAAAUGCCAACACUACACGCAACAUGCCCCUACAUCCACUCACACAUACUUCAUACAAAAACAUGCUUACAUUCAAACACAAAAACACUACUCACUGCUAAAUACAUUAAAAAAAAUGCAAACACUGCUCAUUGCUAAAUACAUUUAAAAAUGCUCCAGGUAUGCCCCUGCCACCAUCUACACUUUUGGUCUAUAGAAGGAAAUAUAACACCCAUAUUAGUACAAGUGAGGUUAAAUCCUCCCUCCUGCCACUUCCCACUGUACCGUGAGUAGGGGCAUUUCUACUGAACGAAAAAACAUAGAAAGACAAGUGGCUGGUCCACUACUGCUGCCCAAUCUGUAAUCCAAUAAAGAGGAUCUGGUUUAGGUACCCCAUGCCCCAUGAGGUUUGUGCUUUAUACAUAUUAAAAAAAGAGUGUUUGUUUUAAAUAUAUUUAAACCUGUGUUGUGUUUUGCAAUUGUUUGAUAUCCAUGAGAGUAUUAAAAAAAAAAAAUUAACAAAAGGUUAUAUAGGGAUCGACCCAUUAUCGUUCUGGUUGAUAUUAUUACCAAGAUUGCCAAUAUUAGUGGAGGGUACUGUACUUCGAGACCAUCUAGUAAUUCUGGGGAUGUUAUGUAGUAAAAUGCAGCUACAUGUGCCAUUAUUUCCCGAUCAGCACUUAAUACAUCAUUUCCAUUUGCUGCAUGCCAGAUAUUUGCUGCAUGCUGAUAAAUCUCUGCUAAGCAAUAGAGAUUAUUAUUUAAAGGGACACUCCGGUCACCAUAGCAACUUAAUAUAAAUGAAGUGGUUAUAGCAACAUAGAAUGUGACGACAAAUAAGAACCAUUCAGCCCACCUGGUCUGCCCAAUUUCCUAAAUACUUUAAUUAGUCCCUAGACUUAUCCAUAUCCUACUCAUGCUUAAACUCCCUCGCUGUGUUAACCUCUACCACUUCAGCUGGAAGGCUAUUCCAUGCGUCCACAACCCUCUCAGUAAAGUAAUACUUCCUGAAAUUAUUUUUAAACCUUUGCCCCUCUAAUUUAAAGUGAUUCUCCAGUGCCAGGAAAACAAACCCGUUUGCCUGGCACUAGAGGGAGGGGGAGACCUAAUGUGCAUGCGCAGCAAAGUUGCCUCCAUCGCCAAUCUCCAGGUCCCCCAGGUGGCAUCCAGCUUCUGAAUCUCAGUUACAGGAAGCGUGUUGUGCCACUGGGCAGGGGAACUGCUGAUUGGUCGGUAGCUCUGAUUGGCAUAAAGCAUCAGCAGACCACACUAGUCAAUUGGUAGCACCCCUGCCCAGCAGCACUCCGCACUUUCUGUAAUUGAAAUUUUGAAGUUGGAUGCAGACUGGGGGACCUGGAAAUUGCCACUGGAGGCACCAUUCGGGGUUAAACCAUCAGAGUUACUUAGAUGAGGUUGUUGUGGUGACUGGAGAGUCCCUUUAAUAAGCAUAUGUGUUUUUAAAUAGAUAAUCAAAAGAAAAGUUCAUGCAACACGUAGACACAAUUUUAGCAGCUUUACAGUAAUUAAGUUCUAUGAGAUGGUGAGCAAAGUAAACAUCUAGACCUUACUCAAAAAGCAUUCUCUGUUGUAUUUAGUCUUGUAAAUAAAUUGGGUUUGACUGUUGCUUUACUUCCUCUACUUCCAUUGCAAACUGUUUAUUUUUCUUUCUAGAAUUGCAAACUUUGAAAAAGACAAGAAUGACCAUCUCUAUAACAAGAAAAAUGACUUCAGGAUUGAAUAUAGUGUGCUUGAAGAAUAUGAGCAAAAGCAGGCAAAUAGCAGAAAAGCAGAAAGUAAGUCAGCAUUUUGUUCUCACUUCCUCGUCAACAUGUUUAAAAUAUUAAUAAGGAAAAGUUGUAAUGCUUGCUGGUGGAAUGCUGUUUUAAGUUGUAGACCAACUUCACCUGAUGUUCAGAUUUGAAAAUAUAUAUUUUUUAUUUGCAAUUAUUAAUAAACAUUUUAUUUUGCCACAUUUACCAUAAGAUGAAAAGUUCAACAUGCAUAUUUGCUUGUUAAAGACACACGCAGUGUAACAUAGCCAUUUAUUCUCAUUAAACUGGUUAUUGUACCCGAAGUUCCAUGACCCCAGUUCAAUGUUAAACCAUUUUUGAACAAUUUUACUCUGAAUGAGGUUCCCUGGCCAAUCAACAGACUGCUUUCAAUCCUAUACCAUUGCUGACAUGAAUUGGUAUAGCUAAGAGGGAGUUUAGUUCCACUGUAGCAAUGCAUCCAGUAGGGGCUGAGUAGAGACACCCUCAUUCACUAAUAGACUGUUUAAAAUGGUUUAACACUGAAACAUAGGCAAGUGCCAGGUGACUUUAGGCUCCAUAAUCACUGAGAUGAAAAAGUGGUGCAAAGGUCCAAAAGUGGGACAAUUAAGGAAACCAACAGACACAUACAAGUUUACAGCUUUGCACUACUUUCCAUAUUAAAACACAUUUUUUAAGAACUUUUGAAUAUCUUCUAAUAUAUGUAUCAGCCGAACCAGCCAUCUUAAUCUUAAUGCUGGAUUAAUCCACUCUUUUAUGUUACACUACAGUACCUAUACUCUAAGUAUAUUUGUCAUAACUUGUUAAUGGUAUCUUUAGAUGGAUAGUAAGAGGGUGAAAUAUCUGAUGGAAUGACUGGAUGAUGGGGAUUAUCUGAGGUUCAUUGAUGGGUGUAGCAUGGAUGUGGACAUAUUAAGAUGGUUUUCAGAAGAAUGACAAUGCGUCUUACUAGCAAUCAUAUAUAUGUGCUACUGUGUGUUUGAACAUUUAUUGUUAUAGUCCUAUUUUUUUUUUAUGGAGUGGUGCACUGUUAAACACUUUGAUAAAUGCUGGUAUAUUAACUCUUUUACUCCCUUGUUCUGUAGAAACUAAAACCAGGCAGCAGCUUACAAAAAUAGGCAAUAAUGUCAAGAGACUUCAGCGACAGCUAAAAGAUGUGAAACCUACUCCAGAAUGUAAGAAUAUUUUUGUCUCAUUUAUUUAUUUUUAUAUAUAUAUAUAUAUUAGUGUGUGUGUGCGUGUAUUUGAUGACCUUUAUGUUUUGCAGAAUGUUUUUAAGUAUAUAAUUUGAUACAUUUAGUGCUCUUGUUAUGAUGUCAGAGUUCACAUAUUGUGGCCUCAAUUUAUUAUUUUUGGACCAACUCUUCAAAUGAUUAAUCACCAGAGACUUUAAUAGUGACUUCUGUAGACAAAGUAUAUGGCAAGUUUAUCCAAAAAUAUUAAUUUGAAGCCUAUGUCAGUAAUAAGUUGGUGCCUGCUGAUAUUGCUGUCAGAGCAUAGUAUAUUUUUAUGACACCAACCUAUUUAACUAAUUGAAUUUCAAAGCAAAGGUAGGGUUGUAUAGUUAAAAAAAAAUUAAAAAAAAUAAAAUUAUAUAUAUAUAUAUAUAUAUAUAUAUAUUGCAUUUUAAGCAAUAUUAGCUAACGCUGCACAGAUAUAUAUUAAAGAGGUUACAAAAGAAAAGUGUAUUAUAGCGCUUACUAUUCUAUUCUAUUCACUCAAGGAUUCCCAAACCUUGUAUAUCGAUUGAACACACCAUGCCUAAAAAGUAAACCUAAUGUGCAAUCAGUGCAGUUGUAUAUACAUGAACAGGUAUAAAUACUCCCAAGUUAAUUAACCUCAAAGAGGAUAAAAAAUAAAAAAAAAACACAAAACCCUGAAAUAAUAGUGCAGUAUAUUUUGACAGUAUGCAGGUUUUGGUUAAAUAUGCAUAGAUUCAUAUAGCUCUCUAUAUAGAUUUCACCAAAACCUGCUUAUUGUCAAAAUAUACUGCACUUGGAGAUGCAGUAGAACCGAGGGCACGAUGUACCAUAUCUGGUGGCAGUGUGCGCAGCUUGGCCAAUACUGGACAGAAGUUCAUGGCCUAACAACACAUAACAAAAAGUGUUCUUCCCUUUACCCCAAAAAAUACUUGCUGUUGGACCUGCCAGCAGAGUUACCCCAAUACAAACUGAAAAUGAUUGUACAUAUCAUUCUAACGGCACAACAAUUAAUAGCCAGAAAAUGGAAGUGCCCUAUUCCUCCCAAAAAAAGAGGACUUACUCGGAGAUCUGCAUAAACAAUGGAUUUAUGAGACUGCCUAUACAUCGCUCUUCCCCCCCUCCACACUUUAUGAAAAAGAUUGGGAACUCUGGAGCACAUGGAGAUCGGGCACCUUGUGAACACUGUAAUUUCAAUGUAAUUCAUGUGAAGAGUGUAAGCCAACCUCUGACCUCACUGGCUGGGUACCGGAAGGGGGUCGACUAUACCUCAUCCCUUUGCCAUAUGAGAACCAUAGAAAAAAAGGAAGAAAAAACCCCAAAAAGGGAUGUCUUAUAUAAAGACCGCCCAGAGGGUAAAUACCCAGUCCAAUCUCAACAGUAGUGUAGUUGCCAAAAAAUAAAAAAUAAAAAAUCCUUUAUUGAAAUCUAUUAAAAAACCUGGGUAAUCAGUGAUGGACAGAAUAAUAUAGGGAGAAAUAUUUAUGGUAGGAACAAGGCUAAUCAAGAGCCAACCCUCACAAGAAGUGGAGAGGGGAUAGAAGGCAAUAUGUACCCCCAUACAUAACUCAGGUAACAAAGCAGUAGGAAAGAACAGGGAAAGGGAGAAACACACACUCCCAACCAAACAGUAGUGCUAUGCUAAUACCCUAUCUCCUAUAAAACACCUUCGUGGGUGUUCUAAUCUAAAUGCUGUCAUAACAUCUGAAGCCCCAGGUUACACACACAUACUAGAAAAACAUAAAUGAAAAGGUGCUCAGAGCAAAGUGCUCAAGAGAGUAUUAAAAACACAGAAGAACCCGACGUACGUUUCGGCGUGACCACACGCCGUCCUCAGGGGUAUCAGCAGUGAGCAAAAAACUGUCCGGGUGGUAAAUUUAUACCUUAAGCUCAUAAGUUUUAUUGUAAUCACCUGUGAUUGUGUCUAAAUUGCUCCGGUCCUCCUGCGAAUGGGGCUGUGGGGGUGUGGUGUAACACACCAUAGUGUCAGCCCACAUUUCUAUGUCAGAGGUAGCCAGAACAGAAAUCAGGUGAAAGGGAAUUAACCCUUUGAGUGCCCCGCCCAGGAACAGAUAUAAAUGGAUACUUACUAUAUCUAAAAGGCAGUAUCCAUAGCUUAACAAUUAACCCUUGGAAUGUCCAAAUUGUAUCAUAUAGGUCAAGUGUGUGGAUUGAUUCUUAUGGCUGUAUUGUGUAGCUUUAGUACAAUUAAAGAAACAACUUAUAACCGUUGUGAACCAGUAAGGGAUAAGUACAAUGGCUAUAUGGGCAGUCAUACACAGAAGCCGACAAUUCUUUUAUUGCCACUGUAAAUAGUAACCCAUUAGUUUAUGCAACACAAAACAGACCCCUAAACUCUUAGACCUAUAAUACAGGUAAAAUUAAUGGACAUAUGAACACCAAAUAUAAUAGAAAUAAAUAAAGAAUAUAUACAUAUAUACAGGCAUAACUUAAGAUACCAUUUAUUAUCAGAAUUAUUGCAGUACUUUAAAUAAACGGGGAAUAUGAAAACCCUUCAUUUAGCCCCAGGGGAGAUAGCGUUUUGAGAUGGCAAAUCCAAAACGCCUCUCUUUGUCUUAGUUUUAGGUCCCAGUUUCCUUUCCUAGGAGGCUGUGGUACAUGUUCAAGACCCAUGAACCGGAUGCCUGCCGAGGAGUGAUUGUGAUGUAGAUGUAAAUGCCUUGAGACAGGUGUUUCCAAACGUCUCUUGACAGAAUUUACAUGUUCACGUAUCCUUAGCCUGAAGUGGCGAAAAGUCUUGCCUACAUAUUUUAGGCCACAGGAGCAAGACAGUAGGUAAACUACUCCUGUUGUGUUACAAUUAAAGAAGGAACGUGGUUUGAAAUUCAUUAAGCCCUUGCUGUCAGAGGCCCUCUUGGUAAUAAACGGGCAUGCACUGCAGUGACCACAUUGGAAAGAACCCAUUGGUAGGUAUUUUUGAAAAUAACCUGACGGGGACGUAGUUGAGAGGUGACUAGGUGCUAGGAUAUCUCUCAAGUUUUUGCCCCUCCGUGCUGUAAUUGAAGGGAGUGAUGGCAGAAUUUCCUUCAGAUGCUUAUCUGAUUGGAGGAUAGGCCAGAAUUUUUGAAAGACAUUCAGCAUAGUGUCCCAUCCUGCAUCAUAUGUACCUAUGCAGCGUAUUUUAUUUUCCUCAGUCUUACGACCCCCAUCUGUAAUUAGGGUUUCCCGUUCAGUGUGGAUUGCCCUCAGAUAGGCUCUUUUCAGAACCCUAUUUGGGUAACCUUUGGCCUUAAACAUGUGACGCAGCUCAUUUGCUUUUAAUUUGAACUCCUCCAUCUUGGAGCAGUUUCGUCGAAGUCUCAAAUAUUGGCCUAUUGGGAUACCGGAUUUGAGUGAUAUGGGGUGAUGACUAGACCAGCAUAGCAGGUUAUUUGAGGCUGUCUUCUUUCUGUACAAGGUUGUUUCAAUUUUGCCUUCUUUAGAUACCUGUAGUGCUAGAUCUAGAAAGCAAAGGUUUUGACCCCCUACUUCACUAGUGAAUCGUAAGUUAAAAUCGUUGCUGUUCAGCAGACAUACAAAUUCUUUGAAUCUCUCUGAUGUAUCAAGCCAAAUCAAAAACACAUCAUCGAUGUAUCUUUUCCAAUAGAAGAUCUGAUUAGUGUAUGAUUUCAGCUUAGGAUCUGCCCUAAUACACCUUUCCCACCAGCCUAGAUGGAGAUUGGCAUAUGAGGGCGCACAAGACGUCCCCAUAGCUGUACCAGUGGUCUGGUGGAAGAUUUUGCCAUUGAACAGAAAGAUAUUACGAGUCAAAAUGAAUUCAAGUAAUUCCAUCACAAAAUUCACAUAAUGUUCAGGUAGGUCAGUUUCAAGAUUUAAUAGUUGACGGGUAUGUUUAAUACCUAGGUUAUGAGGAAUUGAGCUGUAAAGGGCCUCCACGUCAAGGCUACACAGGAUAGCGUUUGGAGGUGAAGUAAGGUUGGUCAAUAAAUGCAACAUUUGUUUAGUAUCUCUAAGGAAAGAUGGUAGCUUCUGUACUACUGGGGACAGAAUUUUAUCCACAUCCCUUUUUGGGUUUUUUUCUUCCUUUUUUUUCUACAAUUUCCAGGGUUACCCCCUUUUACCAGUCCAGGUGACCUCUAUACUCUGGAGGCUCGGCAGUGGGAUACGGGAGUGUCUUUUCCUCCCCUCCCACUUUCCAGCCUUUUGAGUUUCCUUUUUCUUGUCAUAUGAGAACCAUAUCGACGUUAAACGGAUGACAAGCUAUAGUAUCAUAUGGUAACAACCACUUUUAAUUCUCUGCCUAUACGAAAAGUGUUAUGUUGCUCAAGUGUAUCUAGUUGUACCCAAUUGUAUCUGAAUGUAUUCGCAACGCAUUGUACCAUGAAUGACCCGCCUUUCCCCCCUUUUCUGUUUCUGUACCCGUAUCCCUACCUUUUAAAUGAAAAAAGAAAUAAAAAAAAAUUCAAAUGGAAAAAAUAUAUGCUGCGCUAUUAUUUAAGUUUUAGUUUUUUUUGUUUGUUUGUUUUUCCUCUUUUUAGGUUAAUUAACGUAUAGUACAUCUACUGGUUCAUGUAUUUACGACUGCACAAAUUGCACUUUAAGGUUACCUUUUUGGCACGAUGUGUCCAAUCUUUUCUGAUUUAUUGAAGAGGGCUCUAUAUAUUACAGAUUGCCAGUUUGAAACACAUGAUUACAUUUGACUUUAAUGGAACCCUUCCACCCCUAUAACAGCUUAUUGGAACCUGGGUGGGAGCAAUGUCCAGGCGUCAUCUCACUGUUUGAAGUGGUUUAACACCAACGUUAAUCCAAAGUCCGACACAGCUUUGCCUAGUUUCCUUCCCCUUUGCCUACUACAUGAGGAAGGUUUAGCUUGGCAGCCACUGACUGAAAGCUUCAACCUGACACUCUCAGCUCAUCACACAGACUGUCCCUUCAGAAAAAUUGUACAUAAUGUUUCUUUAAAUGGAAGGUCAGUGAUAGGUUGAGACCUUCAGCUGAUGCUCUCAUUCUAUCACUGGCCACCAAAUAAAAUCAUCAUACCAUAGAGGAAGGAAGCCAGGUGGGCAGCUGUGUCAUGUGCCUGAGAACCAACUUCAACCUUAAACCAUUGUACAAGGAUUUAACUCCUGCCUGCAUAACAAGCUUAGUGAGCUGAAGUUGUUAUAGGAGUGGACUGUUCCCUUACGUAAUAAACAUAUGCAUGAUUGUAACAGUGAAUAUUAUUAAAAUGUGUAUUGUCUAGUGCAUGCUUUUUAUGUUUGUAUGUAAUUGUUGUUAAAACCCCUUUAGUACAUUUGACGUUUUCAGUAAGAAGAUAACUAUUUGCACUAUUUUUAAAAAAAUUUUUUUUUACAUCUAUGACUAGCAGAGGUUCGUAUUUUGUUCUUUUUAAAUUAUCCACACACCACCUUGCUUUCUGCAGUCCACUAAAUAAUACCCCAUCUUAAUUUUGUCACUGCACACCAUCACUCCCAGCAGUGGUGAUUCUUUUAAAUAACACUUGCUAUUGUAAAAUACACAGGACUGCAUCCUGAUAUGGGCGUAUAGGAAUGGUGCAGCAACAGUUUGUUGGUACGCAGUGCAGUUUAGAUAUUUUUAAAAAUAUACACUUGAUGAUAAAACAAUGCUUCCUAUCAGGUAAAACAAAUUAUGAGUCACAAAAACAUAAUCCAUAAAUGUUAACAUAUAAAUCAAAAGAAGGUUUGGGAGAUAACAACCAGAAAAGUUGUUUUAUGUUUUAUUUUAUAUAAGUGUAUACUGAAUGGAUAGCUCAGACUGGAAAUCACCCAAUGAAGUAUCUAUUAUUUUGCAUAAUUCAAAUUGGAACAUAAAGUGUUCCUACAGAUAAACAUGUUGUAUAGAAACCAUUGCACAACUGAAUUACUAUACAUAUGAUUGCAAUACACAAGUGAAGUCAAUGCUAUAUUUUUUUUUGCAAUUGUACAGUGUGUUGUUUGUUUUUUUUCAAUGUAAUGUAAAAAAGUAUUUUAUUGUAUUUAUCCUAUAGUUGUUGAGAAGCUCCGAGUAAUGGUGGAAGAAGUUGACAGUGCUAUAAUUGCCUUUAAAGAAGAACAGAGAAUCAUGUAGGUGUAGGGGUGUAUAUAUAUAUAUAUAUAUAUAUAUAUAUAUAUAUAUAUAUAUAUAAUUUUUUUUUUUUAUUAUUAUUUUUUUUUAUUUAUUUUUACAUGUGAACUGGAGAUUGCUAGGUUUCUUUAAAAACCUUUACUUAGAUAUAACUUUUAGCUGAAGAGCUUACUAACCUCAUUUUAAGUUCAUAGUCAUGCAAUGCUGAAAGAGGUCAGUACCAAUGUUACAUUGUUACAUAGAUAAACAAAAAAUAUUUAAAAAGGCAUCACAAGUUCUCUUGUAUUUGCUUUAAAAUGCAAAAUGCUUUUCCUGGAAGCUAAUAUGUAGCUGCACCAUCUGCAUGGCUCAAAGAUCCUUGCUUUGUGUGUCUGGAGUCAAAUUUUUUGACAAUUUAUUAAAGUGCAUAUUUCAGUAUAAAUUAAAAUAGAAAUGUAUCUGGGCUUAAUGGUAUGAAUACAUCGACAGGAAUUUCUGGGGGACCAAGUUAGGAGUGCUUAAAUGGAUAGUCGUAGCACCAAAACAACUUUAGCUUAAAGGGACACUCUGAACCCCUAAAGCAUUUUAGCCUGCUGCUUUAUGUAUGAAGAGUGUUCCCUCUUUUUCAUUUUACAAAAAGUGUACAUUUCAAUAGGAAUUGGCACUUUUAUAAAUUAACUGUGUUACACCCUGGCUUUCUAACAGACUACAUGUCCUGUUACUUCCUGGUUUGUUUAGUUCUAUGGAGCUAAACCUAAGAGGCAGGUAAUUGCCCAAAGCACCUGCCUUGCAAAGACCUCUCGUUGAGCUGCAUUGGCAAGUCUGUGAUUGGGCAGACACAGAACUCUGGGCUGGCUUAGAAGGGGAUGGCUUGCAAAGGCUGCAGACAAGAGAACUGCAGCUUUUGUAAAUUGUUUUUAGAUAAUAUAUCCUACCCCCCCCAAAGAUGCAUGCAUGAUGUGUGUGUGUGUGUGUGUGUGUGUGUGUGUGUAUAUAUAUAUAUAUAUAUAUAUAUAUAUAUGUAUAUGUAUACAAAAAGUUGAUGUAACAUAACUGUACGGUGAAUAAAAGUAGGAAGUGAUUGAAAAUGCAAUGAGUGCUCUCCUUUGUACUUUUAUAUAUAUAUGUAUAGAUUUUUGUUUAUUUUUUUUAAUGAAGUAUUUCAAAAUAUUAAAGGUUAAUCAUUUUGUUUAUUUCAAAGUGCAAAAUUAAAAUGCAGAUUAGUCUUCCCAGUAUGGUUUAAGUCUGACCCUUUUUUAUUAUCAGAAUUUGUACCACUUGUGGUUUAAAGUGGGCAUGAACCAGAUUAGCAUUGCACCAUUAACCAUCUCUUGGUAGAAGAUGAAGCCAGACCGUAGUUUUUGUAUCCAACUUUUGACCCUCACCGAAGCUUGGGAAGCAUCUGUUGAUUUUUCUGUCUGCAUUAUUAAAGCUCACAAGAUAAAUGACGUGUGCCUUUUGAUAUUAUAUUCACUUCCCCAAGUUUUUAAUAUCAUCAUAAAACCUAAACAGCAGUUGAAUGAGCUUUUUGAUCCAGAGUACAAAAUGAAUCACGUUUGCGUAAUGACAAAUUAAUGGGCUGCAUGAAAUUGAUAUAACAUUAUUGUUAUUUCAGUUAUGAGGAAUUAUUAAAGGAGGAAAAGUCUACCAUUGCUGAACUGAGUGCCUUGGAACGGAAAAUAGAGGCAUCCCAGAACACCGCCCCAGAGGUUUUCAAAGCACCCUCUGGGAAAGUGAUGUCAUGCAGCAAAAUCUCAAGUCAGCUUCCAGAAGAGGUAGAAAUAUUUGAAAAAUUUUUACAACAGUCUGGUGGCCGUGGAGGAGGAUGGGAUGAUUUUGACCAUCAAAGCUUUCUCAAAAUCUGGACCAAACACAAAGGCAAGCCUACUUAUUUAAAAGAAGCAAUGGAGUAUCUCCCUAGCCGGACAAGAGAGGAUGUCCAGCAACAUGAAACCUGGUACAAGGAGUUCCUCUUAUUAGAGGGGAAAAAAAGAGAGGUAAAAAACAUUGUAUGGGAAAACAUAUAUCUAUUUGAGUUGUUUUUAUUAUAUUUCAUAUGAUACAACGAUAUAGUUUCAUUCAUAAAAUCACUGUGAUAUCUAAUCAAAACUGAAUAGGUCUCUGUUGGAGAAGAAAUUCUUCCCCGGGGAUUAUUCACAGCUGAAUAUAAUUGUACAUCUUUGCUUUAAAGGACCACUCUAAGCACCCAGACCACUUCAGCUUAAUGAAGUGGUCUGGGUGCCAGGUCCCUCGAGGAUUAACCCUUUUUUUUUAUAAACAUAGCAGUUUCAGAGAAACUGCUAUGUUUAUAAAUGGGUUAAUCCAGCCUCUAAAGCCUCUAGUGGCUGUCUCAUUGAAAAUCACAGUGAGAAGACGCCAGCGUCCAUAGGAAAGCAUUAUGAAUGCUUUCCUAUGAGACUGGCUGAAUGCGCACGCAGCUCCUGCCGCGCAUGCGCAUUCAGCCGAAGGGAGGAUCGGAGGCGGAGAGGAGGAGGAGAGCUCCCCGCCAGGCGCUGGAAAAAAGGUAAGUUUUAACCCUUUCCUCGCCAACCAGCCCGGCGGGAGGGGGACCUUGAGGGUGGGGGCACCCUCAGGGCACUAUAGUGCCAGGAAAACGAGUAUGUUUUCCUGGCACUAUAGUGGUCCUUUAAUUGUAGACGUUGUUUCUUAAUAUAUUUGAUCAACUUGCAGAAUGUAUUUCUGUUCCUUCCUCAAAGUAUAUGCUGGACAUAUACUUAAAGUAUCUUGCUGGACAUAUACUUCCCCUUUUAGAGAACAGCUGUUCGUAGAUGCAACAGAACGCUUGGAUUAACAAAUAAAACUUACUUAAUAUUUUAUUCUGUAUUUAUAAAAGACUAUAACAGCUAUUUAGCAGUACACUAAAAAAAAUAGAAUUAGAUUUAAAAUAGCUAAUGCUUACGAAAUGGCGGCUGACUAUUAAAUGGCCGCUGCUUAUAAAAUGGUUGCCGAUUAUAAAAUCAUACCUAAUAGUCUCCAUAUUAAAUGCAGUUCCAUUUUAAGGGACAAUAGAGGCUACAGUUAAUCUCCCUGUUUUAAUUUCUUCUGAUGGAUCACAGCCCAUAUAGGAAGACUGUCCUAAAAUUGUAUUGUUGGUGGGUCCUUGAGGUUGAUUUAAAGAAAACCAUUCUAGAAAAGUUGUACAAAAUGUAUAUUCAGUUAUUGGUUAGUGUUCACAUUUUUAUUUGUAAGUGUAUAAUUUAUAAUUCUUUUAUGUUAAAAUCUAUGAUAAUGUUUUCAGUGUAUCAUGACUUAAAGGGACACUAUAGUCACCAGAACAACUACAGCUUAAUGUAGUUGUUCUGGUGAGUAUAUUCAUUGCCUGCAGGCAUUUUAAUGCAAACACUGCCUUUUUUGAGAAAAGGCAGUGUUUACGUUGCCCCUUAGGGACACCUCCAAGUGGCCACUCCUCAAAUGGCCACUGGAGGUGCUUCCUGGGGCAGUGCUGCACAGUAGGCAGCACUGCCGUUCAGCGGACGCUGAAUUUUCCUCAUAGGGAUGCAUUGAUUCCUCAUAGAGAUGCUUUGAUUUCCCUAUGGGAAAGCAUUGGAUUGGCUAAAAAUAGACAAUUUUGAUUGUCACCGAGGAGGUGAAUCAGGGGCAGAGCCAGCAUCGGUUGACCAGUAUGACGCUGGAAAUAAGGGGAGUUUUCACCUUUUCUAAGAGGACUGGGGGUGCAAGCCACCUAAAUGGUGGGUAAACACUAUAGGGUCAGGAAUACCUGUUUCUGUUCCAAACCCUAUAGUGUUCCUUUAAGUUUAUUUACUGUACAUUAUACGUGUUUACAACAAUCCUUUCAUUGUGUUUUUUGUUUGGCAUUUCAGGCUAUCCAAAAAUGGAAAGCUAAGAAACAUUUGGAAAAAGAGGAAAUGUCGAAGCUGCACGUCAAGCAGGAAUUGUCUGAGUUUGAUCGCCAUCAGCAAGAAGAAGCUCUGAGACAGAAACAGGAAGUGGAAAGGAGGAAACGACAGCAGGAAUUAGAAGCCUGGAAAAGAAAGAAAGAGAUAGAGGAAAUAACCAAACAUGAGAUGAAAAUAAAAGAAGAGGAGGAGCAACAAAGGAAACAGAGGAAGGAGUACCAACGUCAGCUGGAAGUGAAGCUCUUAGUGGAACAACAUGCACGAAAGAAAAAGGAGCAGGAGGCAUUUCUAAGACUGGAAAAAGAGAUGAGAGAAGAAGCGGAAAGAGAAGAGAAGAGGAGGAUGGCCUGUUUUCAGAUACAAAGAUUUCAAGAUAUGGUGAGUAUCUUCUCAAGGGUUUGCAUAAGAUUUUAUAGAGUGUUCAUAUUUGCUUUUAUUUUAUUUUAUUUGUUGUGUGAUUGAUUUUCAAGUGCUCAGCUAUAGGUCUAGUUAGGACCAGUGCAAGAAUGAUUGGCUACACAGAUGAAGAUGCAUUUUGCCUCCCACACCCUCAAAAAAUGCAUCUUCACCUGUGUGUCACAUAACUCCUCUCUUGAAUUUCUUACCCCCUGUGUGUUUUUUGUUUUGUUUUAUUUUUAAACCUCUUUUUAAUGUCUUACCCCUUUAGUGUAUCUUAUCCCCAUUUGUGUGUCUUACACCCCAUUGUGUGUCUCUUAUGGUUCCUAGUAGCUUUGUGUGUUUCUUACUUCCCUCCAACCCCUCUAUGUCUCUCCCUCUCCAGCUCAUUUGUGUGCCUAGAAUAUAUUUUAUUAAUUUUUAUUUUUUUUGGGUAUCUUAAGACUUUGAUAUUAGUUGUUAUUGUUUUUUUGUCACUGGCUGAGCUUGUUUAGUUUUAUUAUACAAAUAACUGCUUAGAUAAAAAAAAAAAAAAAUGUUGUAAAUGUCAUGUGUUGACUCUUGUUCCACUUAUUCUGUAGUAACGUGACUACUUAUCUGUUUUUUAAAGAAAGUUGUUUUGUUUUUUUUAAAGUCUAAAAAGAAAUGCAUAACUUUUGAUAAAAUCUAUUUGCUAGGACCAAAGGAAACUUGAGGAAAGAGCACAAAAAAACAAAGCACGAGAAGAAUUAGAAGCAGAAAAGGAGAGGAGGCUGGCAAAGUUAAAAGAAAAGGUACUCUGAUUUUUUUUUUCCAUUAUCUCAAAUACCAUUACACUCAAUUUUUUCAUUAGAGGCCAAUCUUUUCAUGGACUACAGGAUAAAACUUACAAGGAAAGGUUUAAAGGAACUUAACAUGUAUAGCUUGGAGGAAAGACGAGACAGGGGGGAUAUGAUAGAAACAUUUAAAUACAUAAAGGGAAUCAACACAGUAAAGGAGGAGACUAUAUUUAAAAGAAGAAAAACUACCACAACAAGAGGACAUAGUCUUAAAUUAGAGGGACAAAGGUUUAAAAAUAAUAUCAGGAAGUAUUACUUUACUGAGAGGGUAGUGGAUGCAUGGAAUAGCCUUCCAGCUCAAGUGGUAGAGGUUAACACAGUGAGGGAGUUUAAGCAUGCGUGGGAUAGGCAUAAGGCUAUCCUAACUAUAAGAUAAGGCCAUGGACUAAUGAAAGUGUUUGGAAAAUUGGGCAGACUAGAUGGGCUGAAUGGUUAUCUGCUGUCACAUUCUAUGUUUCUAUGUUUUGUUAUUUCAAACCUUAAUCCCUUAGUAAUAUCAUAAAUUUAGGGUAAAUUACAAUCUGUUGUUUGAAAGUUAUUGACAUCACCAUUGCGCUAUAAAGGAGCAGAUAUUUCCAAGAUUUUCUGUUUUCCAUGUCCUUAACCACAUAAGGACCACAUGACGGUCUAUGCUGUCAUGCAGUACAGGCUUUAAUGCCCAGUGAUGGCAUAGACCAUCAUGCAGUAAAAGUACCAGCAGAGGUUAAAUCCCUGCAGGUACCAAUGUACCCCAAUUGCACAUUUUGAUCCCCAUAAUAGAGGUUUGUUUUGUGUUUUUACCAUGCAAUUUUCCCCUACUGGAUGCUUCAAACUGAAGUAUGCAGGCUGAUCUGUGACACUUACUAUCUAGUUCCUGUGUACUGAUUACUUGUAAAACAAAAACAAAAAAAAACCCUCUUUUAUUGCUGUAACAGCGAGUGAAAUUUAUCAACUGACAGUUUCUGCUAAUUGGUUGGAGAUGUACUGCUGAUAGAGGCACACUCUUGCUUUUCACAUAUUUCCAACCUUUAUCUUUCAGUGGCAUUAAUACAUAAGGGCCAUUUUAUAUAACCGGAAAAACUGAUAUAUAUAUUUUUUUCAUUACUUUAUUUUACAGUUCAGCAUCACUUUACUGUUACCUAGUCUUUAUAUAGAAAAAAGUUUAGAUUUAUAAAUGUUCUGAAGUAAGCCAUAGAACGUCUUGGAAAUAUUUAAAUUAUUCGACUAUAACCACUUUUUGUCGUCUUAUUAAUAGGUCCAAGUUCACGUUGAAAGAGAUCCUGCUAGACUUUGUAAACUUACAAAAGGCUGGGAAGCACGUUGUAGAGAGAGUGGGCCAACAGAAGCGACUGGUCCUUCAUUACAUAUUCCACACCGGUGAGACCAAAUAUGAAUGUUGCCAUACACUACACUGAUACAUUUCUCAGUUUUUGUUUGUAUAUUUUCAUUCAGGUAAAAUAUUGUAAUUUGUUUUGUCUUCCAGGGCUGUGCCAACGUGGAGACAAGAUUUAUAGACUUGCCAGAACAAGAUUGUAGUUGCGCCAAAAGUACAAGUGUUUGUUUGUAGGGAUGUAAAUAUGUAACAAAUAA